AUGAGGUCCACCUUUUUGAUCCUCAUGGCCGCUGGUGCCCUCGCUGCACCUUUGAUUGUUGAGCGCCAAAACGCUCCUCCUCCACCAGAUGGCACCAUUCCUCCUCCUCCUCCACCACCCGACACUGGUGCUCCUCCUCCUCCACCACCACCACCAGUUGCUGGUGCUCCCCCUCCACCUCCGCCAGCUGCGGGCGCUCCUCCACCACCUCCACCAGGUACUGAUGUUCCCCCUCCACCGCCGCCAGGAGGUGGUCGAGGUGGCCGAGGUGGUGGUCGUGGAGGUCGCGGAGGAAGGGGAGGUGCCCGAGGAGGAGGAGUAGUCGGUGCUCCUCCGCCACCACCUCCUCCAGCUGCCGGUGCUCCUCCACCACCUCCAGCUGCCG